CGCGCGGCGUCCACCGCACGCACGUCGAGGGUCGUUCGGUUCCCCCGACCGACGCACGCGCGCGCGAAUCGCGAUCGCGGCGUAGCACGCGCGCGCCCGCGCACGAGCGGCGCGUCGGCGGCGUCCCUUCGCGCGGGAAAGGUAAAGGCGCGGACGACUCGACUUGGGUUUUCGCGCGGCGACGCGACGAUGGCGGCGAUCGCGACGCUCGGGACGACCGCCGCGGUCGGGAUGGGCGGCGCGGGGGUAUCGCGACGGACGGUCCGGCCCGCGGCGUCGAGCGCGUCGCGAGCGCUGUCGUCCGCCGGCGGCGACGGCGCGGCCGAGCGCGCGAUGAUCUUUCGCCCCAUCGGAUCCGCCGCGAGCCGCGCGUCCAUCGCCUCGCGGGGGCGCGUCCAUCGCGGCGGCGGACGACGCGGCGAGCUGACGAUCACCGCGGUGACGGGGCCGAGGGAGACGCGCAUCGCGUCCAUCCUCACGACCCUCCCGAUCCGGAUCGAGCUGUACUUCCGCGUGCGCAAGGGCAGGCGAACGCUGUGGAAAGCCAUCAGCGCCUUCGCGGGAUUCUACACCGCGAACGUCAUCUCGCUGACGUUCGGCGUGCUCGGGAUCAACGACGUCGUCGCCGGCGCGUUUUGCGUCGGGUUCUUCGAGCUCGUGACGAGGGCGUACUACAACAAGAUCAAGCCCGGGAAGUACUGGGGGUUUCUGAACUGGUUCAAGCUCGGUCUCAUCUACGCGCUCGUCACGGACGCGUUUAAGCUCGGGUCGUAGGCGGAGGGAGGGACGAAGAGACCGCCAGACGUCUUAAAAAGGCGGGGGAGGGGGCGCUCCGGGGCGAUCGCACCGUACCGCACCGCGCGUGUUCACAUCGUGGUAGCUAGGACACGCGACGUGCGAGUGAAUCAAUCUAAUCUAUCGACG